AUGCGCGCGUGCGCCCUCCUUGCGGGUGCGCUUCGGGACCCCCGGCUCUGCGCCCGCGCGCCGCGGGCUCCAUCCCCGCUCCGCGUUCCCCGGGCCCUGCCCUUGCCCCGGCUCCGGCUCCUGCUGCUGCUGCUUCUCCUGCCGCCCUCGGUCCUCUCGGCCGUCUUCACAGUGGGGGUGCUGGGCCCCUGGGCCUGCGACCCUAUCUUCGCCCGCGCCCGCCCGGACCUGGCCGCCCGCCUGGCCGCCGCCCGCCUGAACCGCGACCCGGCGCUGGAAGGCAGCCCCCGCUUCGAGGUCACGCUGCUGCCAGAGCCUUGCCGGACGCCGGGCUCCCUGGGGGCGGUGUCCUCCGCGCUGGGCCGCGUCUCGGGCCUCGUGGGGCCGGUGAACCCCGCGGCCUGCCGGCCGGCCGAGCUCCUAGCCCAAGAGGCGGGCGUGGCGCUGGUGCCCUGGGGCUGCCCCGGGACGCGGGCGGCGGGCACGACGGCCCCCGCCGGGACGCCCGCGGCGGACGCCCUCUACGCUCUCCUCCGCGCCUUCCGCUGGGCGCGCGUGGCCCUGGUCACCGCGCCGCAGGACCUGUGGGUGGAGGCGGGCCGCGCGCUGUCCGCCGCGCUCAGGGCCCGGGGUCUGCCCGUGGCCCUGGUGACCACCAUGGAGCCCUCGGACCUGUCGGGAGCCCGGGAGGCCCUGAGGAGGGUCCAGGACGGGCCCAGAGUCAGUGCAGUGAUCAUGGUGAUGCAUUCGGUGUUGCUGGGCGGCGAGGAGCAGCGCUGCUUACUGCAGGCGGCAGAAGAGCUGGGCCUGGCCGAUGGCUCCCUGGUCUUCCUGCCCUUCGACACGCUCCACUACGCCUUGUCCCCGGGCCCGGAGGCCUUGGCCGCGCUCGCCAACAGCUCACAGCUUCGUAGGGCCCACGAUGCAGUGCUCACCCUCACGCGUCACUGUCCCCCGGGAGGCAGCGUGAUGGACAGCCUGAGCAGGGCCCAGGAGCACCAGGAGCUGCCCUCUGACCUCAAUCUGGAGCAGGUGUCCCCACUCUUCGGCACCAUCUACGACGCGGUCUUCCUGCUGGCGGGGGGCGUGGCGCGGGCGCGGGCGGCCGCAGGGGGCGGCUGGGUGUCCGCAGAGGCGGUGGCCCGCCACAUGCAGGAUGCCCAGGUGCCCGGCUUCUGCGGGGCCCUGGGAGGAGCCAAGGAGCCCCCGUUCGUGCUGCUGGACACGGAUGCGGCGGGGGAUCAGCUCUUCGCCACCUACAUGCUGGACCCCACCCGGGGCUCCCUCCGCUCAGCUGGGACCCCAGUGCAUUUCCCUAGAGGGGGAGGAGCACCUGGGCCAGACCCCUCGUGCUGGUUCGAGCCAGACAUCAUCUGCAACGGAGGAGUGGAGCCCCGCCUCAUCUUUAUCGGCUUCCUCCUGGUGGUUGGGAUGGGGCUGAUGGGGGCCUUCCUGGCCCAUUAUGUGAGGCAUCGGCUACUUCACAUCCAAAUGGUCUCUGGCCCCAACAAGAUCAUACUGACUCUGGACGAUAUCACCUUUCUCCACCCGCCAGGGGGCAGCACGCGAAAGGUGGUCCAGGGGAGCCGAUCGAGUCUGGCCGCCCGCAGCACGUCAGACAUUCGCAGCGUCCCCAGCCAGCCCUCGGAGAGCUCCAACAUUGGUGUCUAUGAGGGAGACUGGGUUUGGCUGAAGAAAUUUCCCGGGGAUCAGCACAUAGCUAUCCGCUCAGCAACCAAGACAGCCUUCUCCAAGGUGAGAGAGCUCCGGCACGAGAACGUGGCCCUCUACCUGGGGCUCUUCCUCGGCGGCGGAGCGGGUGGCUCGGCGGCCGCGGGGGAAGGCGUGCUGGCUCUGGUCUCAGAGCACUGCACCCGGGGCUCCCUCCACGACCUCCUCGCCCACAGAGACAUCAAGCUGGACUGGAUGUUUAAGUCCUCCCUCCUCCUGGACCUCAUCAAGGGAAUGAGGUAUCUGCACCAUCGAGGCGUGGCCCACGGGCGGCUUAAGUCACGGAACUGCGUGGUGGACGGGAGGUUCGUGCUCAAAGUCACGGACCACGGCCACGGGCGACUGCUGGAAGCGCAGAGGGUGUUAGCGGAGCCUCCCAGCGCGGAGGACCAGCUAUGGACAGCCCCGGAGCUGCUUCGGGACCCAGCCCUGGAGCGCAGGGGAACGCUGGCGGGUGACGUCUUCAGCCUGGGCAUCAUCAUGCAGGAGGUCGUGUGUCGCAGCGCCCCCUACGCCAUGCUGGAGCUGACUGCCGAGGAAGUGGUGCAGAGGGUGCGGAGCCCCCCUCCACUGUGUCGGCCCUCUGUGUCCAUGGACCAGGCACCCAUGGAGUGCAUCCAGCUGAUGAAACAAUGCUGGGCAGAGCAGCCAGAACUUCGGCCCUCCUUGGACCGCAUCUUCGACCAGUUCAAAGGCAUCAACAAGGGCCGGAAAAUGAACAUCAUUGACUCCAUGCUGAGGAUGUUGGAGCAAUACUCCAGUAACCUGGAGGACCUGAUCGGGGAGCGCACAGAAGAGCUGGAGCUGGAGAAGCAGAAGACCGACCGGCUGCUCACGCAGAUGCUGCCUCCUUCUGUGGCCCAGGCCCUGAAGAUGGGGACACCUGUGGAGCCCGAGUACUUUGAGGAGGUGACGCUCUACUUCAGUGACAUCGUGGGCUUCACCACCAUCUCAGCCAUGAGCGAGCCCAUCGAGGUGGUGGAUCUGCUCAACGACCUCUACACACUCUUCGAUGCCAUCAUCGGCUCCCACGACGUCUACAAGGUGGAGACAAUUGGGGACGCCUACAUGGUGGCCUCGGGGCUGCCCCAGCGGAACGGGCAGCGGCAUGCCGCCGAGAUCGCCAACAUGGCUCUGGACAUCCUCAGCGCCGUGGGCUCCUUCCGAAUGCGCCACAUGCCCGAAGUGCCCGUGCGCAUCCGCAUCGGCCUGCACUCGGGCCCGUGCGUGGCGGGCGUGGUGGGCCUCACCAUGCCGCGGUACUGCCUGUUUGGGGACACGGUCAACACCGCCUCGCGCAUGGAGUCCACGGGGCUGCCUUACCGUAUCCACGUGAACAUAAGCACCGUGCGGAUUCUCCGCGCUCUGGACCAGGGCUUCCAGACGGAGGUGCGAGGCCGCACCGAGCUGAAGGGCAGGGGCGCAGAAGACACGUACUGGCUGGUGGGCAGACUCGGCUUCAACAAGCCCAUCCCAAAACCGCCUGACCUGCAACCCGGGGCCAGCAACCAUGGCAUCAGUCUGCAGGAGAUCCCCCUUGAUCGGCGACAGAAGCUGGAGAAGGCGAGACCGGGCCAGUUCUUUGGAAAAUGA